AUGAUCAUCGACAACCUAUUUACUCCAGAGGAUUGUGCUCAGUAUGUUGCAAAGGUGGAGUCCGAAAAACAGUGGGAAAUAGCGGGUGUCGGAAUUGUUGCGGGCAAUGCGCAGAUGGUAGAUUCCUCUUACCGUCACUCGAGCCGUAUUUUGUACGACAAUGAAGGACUAGCCAGCGAAAUAUUUGAAAAGCUGAAGCCUUAUCUGAAGGAUAUUGAACAUAUGGACCACUCUUCAUUGCACAGAAACACCUGCGAACAACUCACAGAUCCUCCAGCUCGGUUGGUAGGACUGAACAAAAGGCUAAGGUUCUUGAAAUACAGACCUGGCCAAUUCUUCCGCAAACAUUGUGACGGUACAUACUCUACACCAGAUAAGAAGCGAAUAUCCUAUUAUACUUUACAACUUUAUCUCAAUGGAUCUGCCAAAGAGCUAAAAGGCGGUGCUACUCGGUUUUGGAAGAUGGGGAAUAUAAAUGGACCUGAGAGACGCAAGGCUCAACCGGGAAUGCCAUUGCAAAAGUUUUUAGAUGUAGAGCCAAGGAUAGGAAGGGCGCUGAUUUUUGAACAGCAUGGAUUAAUACAUAGUGGUGAGGACGUUGAAGAGGGAACAAAAAUCACGGUGCGGACGGACCUCAUGUUCGAGGCAUGUAUGGAGGAGUCUCUUGCAUUUGUGGAAUGA